AUGCUCUCUAUCUUCUACAGGCGUACAAGCGAUAGGUGUGUGCAACGGAAGGGAAGGCAACAAUUUACCACCACCAAAUGAAGUUGUGGCCCUCUUUAAGGCCAAUAAUAUUAACAAGAUGAGGCUUUAUGAACCUGAUCGAACCACUCUUCAGGCUCUUAAAGGCUCCAACAUUGAAGUAAUGCUUGGCGUCCCAAACAGAGACCUUCAACGCAUUGCCGGCAAUGACCUCACUCCGGCGUAUGACUUUGUCUAUGGCAAUGUGGUAGACAACAGAGCUACUAUCAACUUCAAGUAUAUUGUCGUUGGUAAUGAAGUCAGCCUCCAAGAUUUCCAGUAUGUCCUCCCUGCCAUGAGAAACAUCCAGAGGGCAGUUGAAGCAGCUGGGUUACAAAACCAAGUGAAGGUGACAACUGCAACUUACUCGGGAGUCCUGGGGAAUACCUAUCCUCCUUCCAAUUCUGUCUUCAGAGCUGAGUUUCUGCAAUAUAUGAGGCCUAUCAUUGGCUUCUUAGCAGAAAAAGGGUCACCACUCUGCGCUAAUAUUUAUCCUUACUUCAGUUAUCAUGACAACCAAAACGUUAUCAGGCUUGAUUAUGCCUUGUUCACUGCACCAGGAACUGUGGUAACUGAUGGCCAGCUCAGAUACCAGAACCUUUUUGAUGCCCUGUUGGAUUCUGUCUAUGCUGCUGUUGAGAAGGUGGGUGGUUCUUCUGUCAGGAUUGUUGUAUCAGAAAGUGGCUGGCCAAGUGCUGGUGACCCUAUAGCAACCACUGCAAAUGCAAGGACUUAUUUGAGCAGGUUGAUCCAACAUGUGAAAGGGGGUACUCCCAGAAGGCCCAGUGGUCCCAUUGAGACCUACAUAUUUGCAAUGUUCGAUGAGAAUACCAAGCCUGGAGCAGAGACCGAGAGACAUUUUGGGCUAUUCUCACCACAAAAACAACCCAAGCACCAAAUCAUUUUCACUUGAGAGCGGUUCUCAUAUAUAUAUAUAUAUAUAUAU